AAUGUUCAUGCAAUUUUGAAUGUACGCUGGUCCCACUAAUGCCUAAGUUUGUCUCAGUCUUACGAUAGGUCACAUGACGAUCUUGCAAUAUCAAUUGGCGCACAGCAUCAAUGGUUUUUGGGACAACAACUGAUUUUGGACGACCUUCACAAAAUUCGUUUCGGUUGAAUUCACCAUGCCUUCAAAAACCACUGAUCUAAUAUGGAGCUUUGUCGCCAAAAAUUGAAUUAAGUUCAUCGAUGCACUGUUAUUGAGAUAAGAACCUUAAGCUACCUACGCUUUACUCCUUCGAUGAUUACGAUGAGUGUUUCUUUAAUGUCACUCCAUCGCUGCCUUCCACAUAUUGCAUGGUCUAUGCAGAAGUGCAGCCAGAUAAUUCAUCGGAGCUGUGGCAAAAAAUCACUCUACAUAAUGAGUACAAAUUUAAUUAUGCUAGAAACAAAUUAUUCUUUGGAGUGUGUUUGAACAAAUGUAUGCGCUUUCUAAGAUCAGAGGCUGAUAAUGAAACCCAUAAUAAAGGUGGAUCAUUGGACAAGGAGGUUGUUGAAUUUUUCCAAACAGUCCAUAAACGACCAUUGGAUAUAGAAAUGCGUGCGAACCAUUCAUCGAUGAUUCAAAGAUGUUUAAAUGAGGAAUUUGAAAAAGAAUAUGACUUAAAACUGGAAACCUUCAUUGAGUAUUGCGAAAGAGGCCCAGAGGCCAAGCCCAUUGAAGAAGAUAUGGCCACCAGUGUCUUUAACAAUACAGUCAAAGGCAUCCUACUUUUGGUUUUUUGUUCAUCAGUUUAUGAUUAUUUUUUAAAGUCUCAACAAAUGGAUAAAAAUCAUACUAAUGACUUUUACAAAACAAAUUACACAGAUGCAGCAUCGGCAAUCUUGACAUCCUUCUCAUUGGCCCGAAACUAUUAUCGUCUUACUCAGCCUGCUCGCGGCACAAUUGGUAAUGAGUUCUCUUUUCUUGAUGGUUUACGUUCGAAUUGCCUUCUAAUAGUACUAAUGGGUCACAAUUUUUAUCUGGAGUUUCUCCAUAUUAAAAAUCCGGAAUACUUUGAAAAUAUUGGAAAAACUAACGUCGGCUUAUCUGCCUUAAAUGGGACGACUAUAAUCGAAAUAUUCAUGGUGAUGAGUGGCCUACUGCUGUAUUUAAAAUUUCAUAAGUCAUCUAGUGUUACACCUCAUUCAACUUGGGGACAAUGCUUGCGCCAAUUAGCACUCAUAGUUGUUGGUCGUUUUCUGAGAUAUUUGCCUUCUGUGGCUUUGCUCACUUUGUUUAAUGCCUCGGUUUUGAGCACACUUACAGAUGGCCCCUUUUGGCGGCAUAUAAGUGAACCAAGCCGCAUAUUAAGUCGAGAAAAUUGGUGGCACAAUAUUUUCAUGAUAAAUAAUUUCACAAUGAAAUAUUCCUCGAGUCUCCAUACCUGGUACAUUGCAGCAGAUAUUCAGUUAUUUGCAUUUUAUACCUUGGUUUUAACUAUCACAUCAAAAUACCCCCAGUACAAGAAGCGUAUUCUGGUGACUUUAUCCAUUUUGGCCGUACUUAUUCCUACCAUGAUCAGUUAUCUUUUGAAACUGGAGGCCCUUUUAGUCGUUAAGCCCGAGAACCUUCGCUAUGGGUAUUUUUAUAAUGAUAAAUUAUUCAAAUACUUGUACACUCCUUUCUACAACAAUUUGGGCGGAUAUAUCUUUGGUAUUUGGUGUGGAGACCUAUACACGAAUUACCUCAGCAAGCCAGAAAUCCAACGCAAAAUACGCGGUGUGCUGAAAUACGAAAUAACCUUUUGGCUAAUAUUUCCAAUUGCCGCUGGCAUUACUCUAGCGGGCACACGGAUGAUUUUCCAGCAACCAUCCGUAUGGACGGCACUUUUUAGUGGUUUGAAUCGAAAUUUAUGGAUUGUCUUUGUCUGCGGCAUACCUGUGCUGGGAAUGACCUGCAAGGCAGGAAAAAUUGCUUAUGAAUUUUGCUGUUUACCCUUAUUCCGAGUUUUGGGACGCUUAUCAUUCCAAGUGUAUUUAUGGCAUGGAAUAAUUUUACAGAUCAUCAAUGGAUACCAGCGCCAACCACACUAUGUUACAGAUAUGUACUAUACUGGCCAAGGAAUGACAAUGUUUAUGUUAUCAUUAAUUACGGCAUUUUUCGCAUGUCUGUUAGUGGAAUAUCCUUUUGGCCAAAUUUUGGAUGUAUUAAUAGUCAAAUUAAGAGCAAAACCGGAAGAUCCACGAAACUCAAAAAAGUCUAACUAAUUCGGAUAAUCAAAAAAAUAGAAAUAUUGUACAUUAGGGUGGGGCGAUUCGUAUGGAAAGAAUAAAAUCUUGAUGGUUGCUUCGCGUUUCCGAUUCCUGGGAUUGUACUGAGCAAAAAAGUCCAAUAGACCAUAUGUCUACGGGGAAAAUCGUGAUUCCUGAUUUUAACUUGCAUUUUUAUUUCAAAGACUAUUAUCAUGCUUUAUUUGAUAUUUUAGACUAUAACAGCCAAGCCAUUGAGUUUUUUGAUCCCAAACUGAGGCAAUAGUUAAGAAUUCUCUAGUACGUAGCAAAAGCAUUGGAACGUCCCUUCAGGCAGUUUUGGCUUUGUGAAAGUGCAAAUUUUUCUUGAAAAUAUGGAUAAAUUACCAUUUUCAGUUGUACAUAUCACAAAAUCAUAAAAAUGUUCUAUAUCUUAAUUUUAGUCUAUUUUCUUAUUUUAUUCUAUUUAUUUUUGUAUUUCUUAUUUUUUAUUAUUCUAUUGUUUUCAGUUUGUUUGGCUCAUAUUUGU